UGUCAGGCAAUAACAACAAGUCUGCCAGUGAAGAGCUCGGAGUUGUACAGUAAGCCAUUUGCCAGUGCUGAAAGAAUGUUUUAGGUGGGUCAAACCUUUUUAAUUCUCCGGUGGUCAACGGGCAACGUUUCGACGGAUCUAGUUUUUGGAUGUCUUGUUCUACUGGCAAUUAUGAAUACUGUAUUUUUAUUUUUUCAUCUAGUCAUACUGGCAGGGGCAGCCUGGGCCUCCUCUGACGAAACGCGUCUUGUCAAAACCCUCUUCACUGGCUACAAUAAGGUUGUCCGUCCCGUCAAUCACUUCAAGGACCCCGUGGUUGUUACUGUAGGGCUUCAGCUCAUCCAGCUCAUCAGUGUGGAUGAGGUCAAUCAGAUUGUCAGCAGCAACGUGCGACUGAAACAGAAAUGGAAAGAUGUGAACUUGCAGUGGGCCCCCGAGGAUUAUGGUGGCAUCAAAAAGAUCAGAGUUCCCUCCACUGACAUUUGGCGGCCUGAUCUGGUCCUCUACAAUAAUGCUGACGGUGACUUUGCCAUCGUUCAUGAGACCAAAGUGCUGCUGGAACACACUGGGAUGAUCACGUGGAACCCACCCGCCAUCUUCAAGAGCUACUGUGAAAUUAUUGUGCUGCAUUUCCCCUUUGACCUCCAGAACUGCAGCAUGAAGCUGGGUACCUGGACCUACGAUGGAAACUUGGUCGUUGUGGAUCCUGACAGCGACCGUCCCGACCUGAGUAACUUUAUGGAAAGUGGAGAGUGGGUGAUGAAGGAUUUCCGUGGCUGGAAGCACUGGGUGUACUACGCUUGCUGCCCGGAUACUCCUUACCUGGACAUCACGUACCACUUCCUCAUGCUGCGACUCCCACUGUACUUCAUCGUCAACGUCAUCAUCCCCUGCAUGCUCUUCUCCUUCCUGACUGGCCUUGUCUUCUACCUUCCUACAGACUCUGGUGAGAAGAUGACUCUCAGCAUCUCUGUCCUGCUGUCUCUGACUGUGUUUCUGCUGGUCAUUGUGGAGCUGAUCCCCUCUACCUCCAGCGCUGUACCACUCAUUGGGAAGUACAUGCUCUUCACCAUGGUCUUUGUCAUUGCGUCCAUCAUUAUCACUGUCAUUGUCAUCAACACCCACCACCGCUCCCCAAGCACUCAUACAAUGCCAGACUGGGUCCGCAAGGUUUUUAUUGAAACCAUUCCCAACAUCAUGUUCUUCUCUACAAUGAAACGGCCGGGCAAGGAAAAGCAGACUAAAAGUAUCUAUGGUGCCGACUUUGACAUCUCUGACAUCUCUGGCAACCAGGCCUCUUCUGUUCCCUAUCAGUCACCCAUCACCAAGAAUCCUGAUGUCCGCAGUGCCAUUGAAGGAGUCAAAUACAUUGCAGAAACCAUGAAAGCAGAUGAAGAGUCCAACAAUGCUGCUGAAGAGUGGAAGUUUGUGGCCAUGGUGUUGGAUCACAUCUUGCUGUGUGUGUUCAUGGCCGUGUGUCUCAUCGGCACAUUAGGUGUGUUCGCAGGCCGUCUCAUUGAGCUGAGCCUGCUUUAAAGGCCUGUGCCUCAUGUUUUACUGGUUUAACUUCUCAAAAGACCAGUUUGUCUUGUAGUAUUCAGUCAGUUUCAGCAGAAUAGUCCUGUUUUUGUUUGUACAUGACCAUGCUGUAUACAGUAUCUUCGGCAUAUUUUGUAACAGAUCAUUGUUGUUUUUCACUCUUCAGGAUAUAUGUUUGCAAUUGAAAUGUUGAAUUAAGUCAAAGAAACAUUUUUUCUUGACAUCUUUAUAGGGAACAACUGAAUAAAUGUGGUUUUGUCAGUUUUCAGGUUGACUGAUUUAGAAGUGUGUCCUGAUGCGUGAUUCCUUUUCACUGUCUGAUACCUCUGACUAUUGGACAAUAAUAUCCGUUAACAUACGUUUGCACUUAAAAGGAUAUGAAGGAUCUGUUGUAGAGAUUAAGUAUUCCUGCUUAUUAAACAAAACAGACUAUUUAAAACCCUAUUUGGAUUAGCUGUAAACUGCAUAACCACGAAACUGAAAACAGGGCUGUUUUUCUGAGCUUAUGCAAAGUUCACUUUUCAGGCACUACAAAAGAUGAUCUAAGAGAAUAUGACAAAUUGCUGCAGAUUAAACUACUCAACGGUAUAGUUAAAAAUAGCUCAACCACAAACAGCUACAGCAGUAAAAUGCAACAUACACAUUAAAGGACCAGUGUGUAAGAAUUAGGGGCAUAGGCAAUGAAAUUGCAGAUUACAACAGUUCACCCUUCCAAGAGUGUGGGAGAAAAUGCAAAACUCAGCAAAACUCUGUGAAUCUCACUAUCUAGAGCCAGUGUUUGGUUUGUCCAUUCUGGGCUACUGUGGAAACAUGUGGUUCAACAUGAAGGACUAGAAGAGGACCCCCUGUAGAUAUAAACAACCUAAGGUAACAAAAACACAACAAAUUGUAUUUUUCAGUUGAUUAUACUAUUACUAUUGAAAACAUACUUUUGAAUAUUAUAUUUAAUAGUCCUUUUUCACUUUCACUUUCAAUAGUGUCACUGGAAACACCUGCGUUCAGCUGACGCAGAACUGAUUUCAUGUCAAAAUGGCUGCUGUGAAAAAGGACUGUUACAUUCCACUGAUGCCCAUAUCGUACACACUGGACCUUAAAUGCAGCAGUAACAUUCAUCUAGAAACAUCACAGUUAGUAGUUAAACACUCAUAUAUACCAUUUUACUACACAAUUAGAACUUUUUUCACACUAUAAAUACAUCUUGCUGAUACUUGCAUACUUAAAUAUGCCUGAAUACAUCUUCUAUUACUGUACCUAUGCAGUCAGCCCUUGCAUUAUAGCCCAAUCGAUCCUGGCUGACCUCAGCCACCCCUGGACUAACU